UAUGUUUCCAUACAAACCAGUACACGAACCUUCAUACUUGAAAGAACAAACCCCAUCACAUAGAACUUGAGAAAAGAAAUCCCUUUGUUGUAGGAUGCCGAGGGAACGGGACCCGUUGGUGGUUGGACGUGUGAUAGGAGAUGUUCUUGAUAGUUUCACCAGGUCGAUGAACCUUACUGUCUCGUAUAACGAUAGGGAAGUUAGCAACGGGUGCGAGCUAAAACCCUCUCAAGUUGUGAACCAACCUCGGGUUGAUAUUGGAGGCGACGACCUGCGUGCUUUUCACACUCUAGUAAUGGUGGAUCCUGAUGCUCCAAGUCCAAGUGACCCUAACCUUAGGGAAUACUUGCAUUGGUUGGUGACUGAUAUUCCCGCAACAACAGGAGCACGUUUUGGGCAAGAAGUCGUGUGCUACGAGAGUCCAAGGCCAUCGAUGGGAAUUCACCGUAUGGUUUUCGUGUUGUUUCGACAGUUGGGUCGACAAACUGUGUACGCUCCAGGGUGGCGUCAAAACUUCAACACAAAAGACUUUGCGGAGCUCUACAACCUUGGAUCGCCUGUGGCUGCAGUCUACUUCAACUGCCAACGCGAAAGUGGGUUCGGUGGACGAAGGAGAUAAGAGUAAGAUGAAGGCAUGUCCCUGGCAUGCAAAUAUUGCACCCUUAAAACGUGCACAGCAUUUUAUAAUUGUCUUCAUCGUUUAAAGUAAUAUAUUAUUUCACUACAUGAAAAGUAGUCUGUGGCAACGGAGGCUAUAUAUAUACAAGGGUGUGAGGAAGAAUCGCUAUAAAGGAAUAAGAAUACUAUAUUAUAUACGAGGUUGUAUUGUGUUAAAAGAAUUGAAAUGAUAGAAAAAUUAUUAUAUUGAAAUAAACAUAUAUUUGUACGU